GACGUCAUACCAAGUGGGUUAGAAAACGGGCGGGAGACAGGCGAUGAGUUUGGUUGCUUCGGGAGCAGCGAGAGAAAGGCCAGAGUCCACAUCCGGGUAACUUUGGAGUGCGUGAGUGACUGUGCGAGGGAGGGGCGUGCGAAGUGAUGCCGAAGCGCUCUUGCCCGUUCGGAGACCCGGCCCCGGCGCAGCUGAAGACCCGCGUGAGGCUGAAGGAGUUGAGCCAAGGCGUCCUGGGCGAGCAGUACCGGCGAGCCAUCUUUGAAAAAACAAAACAGCUUCUCUUCCGAGGUGCCCAAACAUAUAUGGAGAAUCCAUGCAUUGGGAGCACAGCAGGCGCAUGUGUAAAAGCAGAGUUACCAGAACCACUUACAGACAAGCCAGAAGCUUGUUCUCAGCACAAAUGCAACGGACAAAUGUUAAUUGGACUGGAUGGGAAACUUCGGCAGCCUAGUGCAAGAGAACCAGCCCUGCCGAUAGGAGGGUCUAAGGCCUGUUCCUCGUGUGUGAGAACAGUGGACACCAACAGAGCUUGUGCCCAAUGCCAUCGGUACAUAUGCCAAGAUUGCAGCAAACUUUGCAGCUCUUGUAAUGCUGUUGCUUGCUUCCUUUGUUCAGUCAUAGAAUCUGAUAAUGUUGGAGAACAAGUACUUUGCAACGAGUGCUCCAUGUUCAAGGACUAAAAUGCUCAAAACAUUGAGGACAAUGUCUCAAGGGCCUGCAAGAAAUAUUUUUUAAAUAUAUGGACAUUACUCCCCCCUUCAUCAUAUCUGACUUACUGGAUUGUGUUUUUAUGAAAUAGUGUAUAUUUCUAUAACUAUAGCUUAAUAAAAUAAACAUUUUAUAUUUUGUUAA